CACAUGCCCACAUAUAUAUAUACACGCACACACACAUACACACAUGACUUGUGGCAACCAUCAUAAUCGUCGAGAUUUCUUGUUCUUGUAAGCUUCGAACCGAUAAGUUUUUCUCGAACGUGAAAACGUGUAGUUUGGUUCAUCAUCUCAUGACUUCAUCAUCAGGAAUAUCUCGAUCGAUUUCUUUCUUGUUCUUAUUCUUUCAAUACGCAUUCUUCACGGUGGCUAAGGCGAAGGUGAGGCUGCCGCCGAAUGUAACGGUGCCGGCGAUAAUAGUGUUCGGAGAUUCGAUAGUGGACGCCGGGAAUAAUAAUAAGUUCAAAACACCGAGCAAGUGUAACUUCCCUCCAUACGGUAUCGACUUCGACGGCGGUGUCCCUACCGGAAGAUUCUCCAACGGCAGAGUCCCUUCCGAUUUGCUAGCGGAAGAAAUAGGAAUAAAGAAGAACGUACCAGCAUACUUAGACCCAAAAUUGACACCAGAAGAUCUCCUAACCGGUGUGACUUUUGCUUCUGGUGGUGCCGGUUAUAUUCCUCUCACCAACUCACUUGCGGUGGCAACUUCAUUGACGGACCAAUUGAAACAUUUCGAAGAAUACUUGGAGAAAGUGAAGGAAUUGGUGGGAGAAGAGAGAAAAAAUUUCAUAUUGGCGAACAGCUUAUACAUGGUUUUAACGGCGAGCAACGACAUUGCGAAUACGUAUCCGAUUUUGCAAUACAAAUACGACGUCGAUACAUACACUGCUCUCAUGGCCGAUUCCGCUUCCUCUAUCCUCGAGAAACUGUACGGAUAUGGAGCAAGAAGGAUAUUGGUAUUGGGCGCACCGCCGAUUGGUUGUGUUCCAUCGCAAAGGACGGUAGCAGGAGGACCCUCUAGAGAAUGUGUUGAGAGAUUAAACGACGCGGCCAAGCUUUUCAACUCCAAACUCUCUGCUACUGUUGAUUCUUUGGCAAGAACCCUACCCGGGGGCAAUCUUGUUUACGCCGAUAUUUAUACUCCUCUCCUCGAUAUCAUCGUAAACUUUCAAAAUUACGGAUUUAAGGUUGGUGACAGAGGAUGUUGUGGAACAGGAUACAUAGAAGUCACUGCUACUUGUAACAAAUAUACUUCAACUGUAUGUCCUAACAGGGAUGAGUUUGUGUUUUGGGACAGUUUUCAUCCCACCGAAAGGGGCUAUAGAGUCUUAGUUUCAAAGCUUGUUGGCAAAUAUGUAUAUUCUCGUCCUUGUUCAUCGUCUUCUUCGAAACUGUUUCGGUUUAUCUUCUUUCUCUCGUCUUUAUGCUUACCCACGACGGCUCACACCAAGUUUGAUCCCAAACCAUCGAGGAACAGGACUUGUCCUGCGUUGUUAGUCUUCGGGGAUUCGAUUAUAGACACCGGAAAUAACAAUGACAUCAUGACGGUAGUCAAGUGUAAUUUUCGUCCCUACGGUAUAAAUUUCCCAAACGGAGUUGCUACCGGAAGAUUUUCCGACGGAAAAGUUCCCUCCGACAUCUUAGCGGAAUUAUUGGGAAUAAAAGAAACCCUACCAGCCUAUUUGGACCCGAAAUUAAAACCGGAAGAUCUGCUAACCGGCGUGGUCUUCGGUUCUGGUGGUUCAGGAUUUGAUCCUUUGACUCCUGUUUUAUUGUCGGUGAUAUCAAUGACGAACCAAUUGAAUUAUUUCCAAGAGUACAAGGAGAGAUUGAAGGGAAUGUUGGGUGAAGAAAAAGCGAACGCUCGAAUAGCAGAGAGCUUAUUCUUUGUCGUCGCCGGAAGCGACGAUAUAGUGAACACUUACUAUGGAUUCCAGACACGGCGCUUCCAAUACAACCUCGGCGAUUAUACCUCUUUCUUGGCCGACUCUGCCACCAGUUUCGCUUUGCAACUGCAUCAGUAUGGAGCAAGAUACAUAGCCAUUGCAAGUUUGCCACCAAUUGGAUGCCUGCCUUCGGUUAGAACCAUAAGAGGAAAAUUCGGUAGAGAUUGCUCGAAGCUCCUCAACUUCGCAGCUCAGCUUUUCAACUCCAAGCUCUCUACAAAGGUGGAUGCUUUGUCCAAAACCUUACCGGAAACCAAAUUGGUGUACAUUGACGUCUACACUCCGAUGAUUCAGAUGGUGAAAUUCCCCGAAAAAUACGAUUUCGAGGUGGCCGACAAGGGAUGUUGCGGAACGGGAACCGUCGAGACAGUUGUGUUGUGCAACCAUUUCACCUCGUACGUGUGUAGGAAUGUGUCCGCUUACUUGUUUUGGGACAGUUAUCAUCCCACUGAAAGAGCUUAUAGGAUUCUAACUAAAGAGCUUAUCGACAAAUAUUUCACCCGUUUCUAUGAUUAGUAAUUAAUUGCUUACAGUGUAGUAAUUGUGUAGUUUUUUUUUUAAUUUUACUUGAGAUAAUUUUCAUGGUCGAUUUUAGU